AAUUCCGUCGGGUUGUUGUCAAUUCACUUCCAUUUUGCCGUAAUUUCUUUCUCAUUAGCGAACGAUCUCGUGUCGAAUUUUGAGCAGAGAAGAAAAAAAUUAAGACCAACGCCAUAAUGAAGAUGAAUACAGUCUUUUACUUAGCCUUGAUAGCCCUGAUGUUCGGUCUGGGGACAUGUGCUGUGGUGAAUAUGGAACCGAAGAUAAAUGAAGAUGAAAUCGAUGCUGCAGGAACUAUCUUGAGAGAAAUCUUCAAAGUUCACCAAGAUGAUGGAACAUUCGAGAAUUCUGUGUCUGACACUGAGUCACAAAAUAAUAAUUUGACGUGUGCGAAAAUGAGAUGUUCCUGGAAAUCGAAUUCAGGAACUUGCACUUUAUACACUCCCUAUGCUACGCAGUUACAAUUUGGAAUGCUCCUUUUGGGAUCUGGAAUGGCUGUCGCUCUGUCAUAUAAACAUCGUGCAUUUAUACACCAUGUUAUGCGAGACGGGAUGGUCACAUAUUUCAAUUUCCGCAUUUUAAAUAAAUCUUAUCGACUUGAAGUCAGAGAAAGAAGAAUCACCUGCCCUCAUGCUAUUGUAUGCCUUAAACUAACAGUGAGUUAUGGUUGCCGUCGAUUGAUUUAUAAUUUCGGUUGUACCAGGAAUAUUUACCAAGACACUGAAAGUAAACCAGUGAAGGGAGUCGUCAAUUGGAAUUCCAAUCUCAAAAAUUGCAUGGAAUCCGAAGAUGUUGAUUCUGUUAAAACUGAGAAUGUCAAAAACUUUAUUGAAUCAAAUCAAAAUGAAAAUUCUCUCAAGUGGGACCAUGAUGCCUAGAAGCAAAGUGUUCUUAAAUAAAAUGAGUAAUAGUACUUUCAUUCGUUUAUAAUCAGUUAAAAAUAAAAAUUAAUAUCACAUUGUUGAUUAAAUAGUGUAGCAUAUUGAGAGCUAGAAAAGUAAUCAAAUAUAUUGGUUAUCAAUUAUAUUGAUUAAACAGUAAAGUAUAUUCAUAGGUAGGAAUAGAGAAACAAAUCGAUCAUAAAAUCACAAGAAUAUAAGAAACCAUUUUUUGCUCAAUAAAUAUUUGAUUGAUGUAU